UGAAGCCAUGAGACCUUCUUUACCGUUGGCCGUUGCUUCUUCUUCUGCUUCCUUCUCUCAUUAUGAGCGCCUCAUUACUCUCUCGUUGCUUUCUCAAUCAGAUCACGACCUAUCUGGCAGCCAAAGAAGUCCCAGAAUUCGCCAUGGCCAAAGUCUCACAAGCCAAACGUGAUCAGUUGCGGGAACUGUGUUGCAAAGAAGCGUGCGAAUAUAGUCCCAGAAAAUUCAAUUCCAAUGAUAUCAUUCCUCAUAUUCUGCACCUAUAUGGAUCUUGUGCAACAGCUCGCGAUUUUGAAAUUUAUGCUCCAGAUGCUUCUUUUGAGGAUCCGCUCAUGUGUGCUAAAGGGGUGAAGCAGAUAAAGUCUGCAUUCUAUUCACUUUCCAAGGUCUUUAGUGAAUCAAGAAUUGUUGAAUAUAGCAUUGAAGAAAAAGUAAUUUCACCAGGAAAGCAAGAGAUAUUAAUUGACAACAAGCAGCACUACAAGUUCUUGGGGAAAGACAUAGAUCUGAUAUCACUCAUCAAGUUGCAUGUUGUGGAUGGCAAAGUUGUUCGUCAUGAAGAUUGGUGGAACAAGAAGCCUCUUUUGAGCAAGGAGACAGUAAAGCUGCCACUCUUUGGUCGAUUUGUAGAAAUGACUCGCAGGGGUUCAAUGCUGGCAACUCAUGCAAUGAUGAGGUUUGGGAAGGAUCCAACCGUGUGAACUCUUGAAACCAUCCAUGGAUUAUGUUCUGCUCCUGCUUGUGCAUAAUUGUUCUGCCAUUCAUUGUGCAUGCAGUAUGGGCUUUGUCUAGGUAACUAAUCAGGCUUUAGGCGAGUUUAGUUGAGUUUUUUCUGCUUGGUGACAGAUUCCUCAGUAAUUAAACAGCCAAGCCAACGAUCACACGUUGCAACAGUUUUCAUUCUAUUGCAGUUUGCUGCAUGUAGGAACUUGUUUCCAAAUAACAGACAACUAUCUUUGUCUUCACACAACAAACAUGUUGAAAAUACAUAUGACAUAUUUAUAUUUAUCCACCAUGAGAGGAGCUUUUUGCAUUGUCCA